AGUUUGCAGAGGGCAGGGAGAGCCGUUUCAAUCCGUUUAUUCGCGGCAGCUGUCAGGGUAACAGUGCCCACGGUACCUCCACAAGAUGCUUACGCUCGUUGUUUUAGUGGCUUCGCUGUCGCUUACCACGGUGGCAGGCGGGCGUGCCGCGCGGAGCUGCGGUACGUGCGAUGCCAGCUCGUGCGACCCGCUUCCGACCGACGGCUGCGCUUUCGGCACCAUGCUCGACCCCUGCGGCUGCUGCGAGAUCUGCGCCGCCGGCCUGGGCGAGCUGUGCGGGGGACGCGGACUGUCCGCGCGGAAAUGCGCCUCCGGAAUGGAGUGCGUGAAAGACGCGGACGAUCCGAAGAGCAAGUUCGGCAUUUGCGUCUGCAAGAGCAAUUACGAGGUGUGCGGCAGCGACGGGGUCACUUACAAAACGGGCUGUGAUCUGAAAGCCGCGAGCCUGAAAGCGACCGGCCAGGAAAAGCCGGAGAUUACGGUCCAGAAUAAAGGAAAGUGCGCCCAAGCCCCGAUCAUCGUGACACCCCCUAAAGACAUCUGGAAUGUGACUGGAUCCCAGGUGUUCCUGAGCUGCGAGGCCAUCGGAAUCCCCACCCCCAUCCUCACCUGGAAGAAGAUCUCUGAUGGAAAGGGGAAGGCCGCACUGCUUCCAGGGGACAGAGACAACCUGGCAGUCCAAACACGCGGGGGCCCUGAAAAACACGAGGUCACAGGAUGGGUACUGAUCUCCCCCCUGACUGAGGGGGAGGCGGGGACGUACGAGUGCCACGCCAUCAACUCCAAGGGGGAGGCCUCGGCCAUGGGCAGCAUCAACGUGGUGAAGUCCCUGGAUGACAUCCCCACUGCCAAAGCUGAGGAGGAUGAGGAGCUGUGAGAGGUGACCCACAGAAGGUCCGAUUUGGGGAGGCCCCCGCAGGACUGGGAUCAGCACCCCGCAACCCCAACCCCCCCCCACC